UGGGUGAUUUGGUUAGCCAAGACUGUUCCGUUGGUAGGGGGAGCUCUAGUACAGGAACAUUUCGCUCGGGCAGCGGCAGAGUGGUGCAGUCCAACGGAGGGACGGACGAGAUGGCUACCGGCUCAAACUUCGGGGCUUCUUGGAAGGAAACGGCGGGUUUUCCAGACAGAAAAACUGCGUCCUUUCUAGAUAUGUCUCUAGAUGACAUUAUAAUGCUUAAAAACUUAGGAGAUGGGAGCAGUGAAGAAGAAAAUGACAAGACUGAGAUCCAUGUAAAAGAGCCAGCUUCAGGACAGCAAUCGGAAGUUUGUGAGCAACACUUGCAGAGAGGACAUGCAAGAAACAUCGAGAAAAGAAAUGAUGAUAGAAAACCAUAUAAAGAAUAUUCUGCAUCCAGAUCUGGAGGAAGGCCUUUAAGCCAGCAGCCUUUACAAAAGCAGGAGAAAUACGACCAUGAUUACAAGGUCCAAUCUGAGAGAAAACAACUCAAAUCAGAGGUAAAAGAGCAUCACUUGGAAAGAAAACAAGACAACUUAGAGAGCUCUAGAGCCCAAUUCAGGAGAUCUCAUGGUCAAUCAGAGAGAUCUCGUGGCUACAUAGAAAGAUCUCAUCGCCGCUCAGAGCACUCUCAUGGCCGCUCAGAGAGAUACCAUGUCUACUCAGAGAGAUACCAUGUCUACUCAGAGAGAUCUCGUAGUCGCUCAGACAGAUCUUAUGGUCACUCAGAGAGAUACCGUGGCUAUGCAGAGCUACCUUAUGGUCACUCAAGUAGAUAUCAUGAUCAAUCAGGGAGAAUUUAUGGCCAAUCAGAGGGCUAUCAAAGAUACUUACCAAGAUACUUACCUGAAGGAAGAUUUGGAACAUCAUUCAAAACUGACGCUACAUUUGACAGGAAAUUUACAGUAUAUAAAAGAAAUGACUACUUUUACAAAAGGAUGUCGGAAAGAAAUUAUUCAGUGAAUGUGAAUCAAAAGGUAGCACCAGAACAUGAACAUAACUCCUACGAAGCUGAAAGAAAUUAUACAAGAUAUAUGAAUCGUGGAGAUGAUUCCUUCUUUCUGAGGACCAGACAUACUGGGGAGGGUUCUCCGCACCAGCCCAGAGGAGUAUUCCUGAAAUACAACUUUAAAGCACUAGGAAAUCAGACUAACCUUUCACUCCAUGAGAGAUUCUCUAAACUGGAAGCUCUGAGAAAACCAAGAGGUUUCAUCAACUACUGAAGACCAGAAUGUUCUUUGCUAUUAGAUUAUGUUUGAGAGUGUAUAUGUGUUCUUUCAAUAUUUACCCUUCUACUGUUCCUUUUAAAGUACUUUUCUCUAUGUAAGCUUUCAUGUAAUCUACCAAAAUUAAGCAAUUAAACGAAAGAAAUGUUUAGCUUUUGUUUGCAUAAAACAACAGGAAGGAAGUCAAGAACGGAGGUGAUUUCAAAUGAGAGAUGUUAGGAAAACAGCUAUGUUUAAGAACUAAAUGUCUUUUCAACGUCAGAGAAUUUGUUCCUUUAAUUUUAUUCCCCUAGAACUUGCUUGACUCCUAAGACACCUCCAUUGUAUCAGUUUAACAAAGUAACUAAAUAUCUUUUAUGGCCAAAUACUCUGCGCCACAAGUCAGUCUGUAAGUGGAUUCUACUCUUUGGUUAUUAAAAUGUUACACUUGUAUGCUAGCUUUUACAAUUCUAUAGGAAUUUGUAGUUUCACUUUUGAGAUAGACUUAUAAGAAUUUAAAACUCUGUCAUUUUUUUUGUGAACACAUGAAACAAAUAAAGCUUGAACAUAA